UUCUUAUUGUAAUUUGUUUAUCCGCGGCCUUUGGAUUACCUAUUACCAACUCCAAAAGAGAUUCCUCUAUUAUUCCAGGAAGUUCACUUAAUCCUUCAACUGGAGGAGAAGUUACUAUUAGUCUUCCAACCGGAGGAGAUGGUUCUAUCCAAGGAAAUGCACUUAAUGGUUUAACCAGAGGAGAUGAUAUUAGUAGUCUUCCAACCGAAGAAGUUAAUGUUCCAACCGGUGGUUCUAUUAAUCUUCCAACCGGUGGUUUAACCGGAGAAGAUGGAAAUGCACUUAAUGGUUUAACCGGAGGAGAGGAUAUUAGUAGUCUUCCAACCGAAGAAGUUAAUGUUCCAACCGGUGGUUCUAUUAAUCUUCCAACCGGUGGUUUAACCGGAGAAGAUGGAAAUGCACUUAAUGGUUUAACCGGAGGAGAGGAUAUUAGUAGUCUUCCAACCGAAGAAGUUAAUGUUCCAACCGGUGGUUCUAUUAAUCUUCCAACCG